AUGCGUUUGCUUGGUUUAAUAUGUUUAUUUAGUUUAUAUUCUAUAAAUAAAUGUGAUGAUAUUGAUAAAUAUGAUCGACUACGUGAAAAAUGUCAACAAACUCCAUUAAAUCGUGAUUGUUUACAAGUUAAAUCUAAAUUUUAUGAUUUAAUUAAGAAAUGUCAAAAAAUUACAAAAGAAGAACAAUUUAAUGUUUGUCAACAAGUUAAAAAAAAAUUCUGUACUGUUUUUCCAUCAUCUUGUGAUCAAUCAUCAACAAGAAAAAUUGUUUCAACAACAACAACAACAAUAAGAGAAAAAGUAUCAACUAAUAAAAAAUUACUAAAACCAACUAAACAAAAAUUCGAUAAAACAACAAUUAAAUCGUCAACAAUAAUUGUAAAUCCAUCCAGAAUAAGAUCAAAUAUUUCUAUAAAUGAAUCGUUAACUGAUGAAGAAUUUAUAAAAGUUCCAUUUAAUCCUGAUGAAUUACGUAUACGUGGGGAAUAUUGUGUUCGACAUG